GAUUUGUCGAAGAAAUAUUUCAAUAUAAAAAUUUUGCUUAAAAAACCAUACUAACAAAAUUCCAUGUUAUUGUUUAACUUUGUAUAAUUCGAAAUGUAUACGGCCGAAUAAAUGUUAAAUAACCAAAAAACACUGGAGUGUAUGUACUUUUGUGUGAUAAUACACUCAAGUUUUAGUAUAAUGAGGAAGUUUAUGUACUUAAAAGUUAAAUGUGCACCUUGAAAAUUUUACAAGUGCUUAAAAGUAAAAAUGCCUUAUAACAAUUGUCAGUCAUUAUGCUUGGCAUAUUGGCAUGUUAGCAGCAUUAAAAAACGACACGCUACUAAACGAAUGAUUCCAUAAGCAAUUGUUAGAAUAUGUCAUCUAAUAACGGAAAUAAUAGCCAUAUUGUUGACAGUAACCAUAAUACCCUCUUCUCCUCUAAUAAUUAAUAUACAGUUCCAAUUAUAAAUGUUUUCAAUAUUCAUUGAACAUAAACUUGAUCAAAUUAGAAGCACAUUUAUAGUUGUGUAACACAUACAUAGAACUUUUUUGAAUGUAUGAUGCUAAUGGUUUUGCAAAAUAAGAGGUUUUACUUUCUCCUGCUUAUGUCUUUUUUUCUAAAUAUUAUUUUGAUUAUAGUUCCAAAAUAUACAUACAUGGUGUCUGACAACUAAUGAAACAUCUCUCGCAUGUAGGUAGAAUGGGCCAAACUACGUCAAACAGUCUUGUACCAUUUUGCGAUCUUUGCAAUAGUUAACGAGUUAUAAAUUAAAAACAAAAAAUAUCCUAAUCAGUCCUUUAAGUGUAAAAACGCGAAUGACACCAUGAGGACGAGUGAGGAACAAAAAAUGAAGAAAGAGAAUAAAAUUUGGCUAUUAUGAAUUAUCUUUUAUGAAAUAGGUAGUUAUGGAUUCCAUAAUGAAGUAUUCAUAUACAUAUAUACAAGCAAAAUUUUAUUUUUGUUAUAUACUUAUAAUAAAUAAUGUCUUGUUUUAUUUUUUUAAUUACAUUUUAAUUAAUACUUUAACAGGCCAAGUUGAUAAAUUUCGAGGUCAAUUUGGAAAACAUCUUGUACGGUUUGAACGAUGCGGUUUUGAUUUAGCCUUUUAAAAGAAUAAACGUUUCAUUUGCCAGCUAUGAAACGUGCGAAUCAAUGUACUGAAGUACAACAAUCGUUAAUUGUCGACAUUGAAUAAGUUGCGUUUGGCAGGUAUACAACAUAGUUUUCAGAGCGCGGAACGGAAGGAAGAAUGCUCGAUGAGAUAUGUGACGUACACAUUUUGCAACAAUUAUGCCCCGUCUAAUCAAACAGUGUAUGGUGUCAGCUAUAAUGCACAACGAAGAGAUGUAUACAUCGCAAAAUAAGUCAAUUUCUACCUUAUGCGUAUUCCAUUUUUAAUAGCGUUAAUAUGCACAUCUAUUGUACAGACGUCCAAAAAAUCAUCACUAAAGUACCUGAAAAAAUUUGUUUUUUAUAGUAAACUUACAAGAAAUUUUUUAUUGUUAUUCUAAGAACUUCUUAUCAGAUUAAAUCAAUUAUUUCAUAUAAUUAUAUUUUAUAUUUAUUGUGCUGAGUGGAUAUCCUAAUGCCAAAUGUUAAACAUAUUCAAUAAUUUGUUAAUUUUUAAAAAUUUCAAAAAAGAGUAGAAGCUAUUAAUAUGGAAUACUCUUUUUUAAAUUAACAUUACUUUAUUACAAAUGUUUGUUAAGAUUUUUAAUUUAUGCAGAAUUUUUAAGAAGUAUGUUAGCUAUAAUGUCUAAUUAAAAAGUUUUUAAAUUUGAAAUCCAAUUUUAAUCAUAAUUGAAAAAUAAACAGUGUGAAAAUAACAUUUUUUCUAAUAGAUGAAAUAUAAUAUAGAGUACGAGUCAAAUUUUAAGAACAGUAAUAAUAAAGUAAUAAAAUUUUAACUUAUGUAACCUGAUCAAAAGUUAAACAGAAUUUAAUAAAUUAUCACGGAACUGUAUUAUAUAAAAUAUAAGACAAUAUUAUUACAUAUGGACAAUAAAAACGUAAAAAUUAAGAUUUUAAAUCUUUAUAUUAGUACAAUAAACAUUCAUAACUAAAAUAAAUAUUAUUGACAACAAGAAUAUAAAUGUUUAUAUCUUUAUAGUAAAUUAUUCUAAAUUGAAAUUUAUAUGAAAUGUAAUGCUUUCUUAUUAGAUACUAGACGAGAAACAUCCUAUGAUGUCUCUAAAGAAACUGAAACUUUUUCCCUUCCUAACUAAUAAACAUUGUGACUGCCUUUGCGCAAGAAAAUUAUUCAAAUUACGGACGUUAAGAAACAUUUUGUUGAAUUACGAAUUGAGAUAAUUCAGAUAAAUUUGUUUUUGUCUAUCUCAUGAAAUAUAUUACUUCAACGUAAAAUAGUACGGUUAUUUUCUUAUGACUGCUAUUAUAUCGAUCGUUAAAAACGAACUCUAUUCAAAAACAAAUAUUGUGACAAUUUGUAUUGUAGACGCAGUUGCAUCGCAGUCUUUGUUUGAAAUGUAUUCGAUCAUGGAACGAUAUUACAAAAUUAUUCCAAUAGUUCUUAAGAGCCUUGGGUUAUGGCCCUAUCAGCAAUCAUAUUUCACACAAGUACAUCAAAUUUUGUACGCCAGUAUCCUUUUGUCAUUUAUUCUUGUUCAGUUGCUGGUAUUUAUUAAAAGACAAUGUAAUACGGAGCUUUUUUUCAUGGUUCUGUCCUUCGUCUGUCCUAAUAUUUUUGCUACAAUAAAGUAUUUUACUUUUAUUACUAAAGCAAAUAGUUUGAAGCAGCUAUUGGAGCAAAUUCAAAAUGAUUGUAAUUUGUUAAAGGAUAAAUUAGAAAUUAAUAUUUUAGAAAAAUAUAAUCGAAACGCGAGACUUGUUAUACUAAGUUUGCUAGGGUUUUGUUAUACUAUUUUAUUCAUUUUUUCAACAUUACAAUAUUUGCCGUUUAUACUUCACAAAAUGUUACCAUUCAAUAAAUCACGAUCCCUUCAACUUGUUACUUCUACGGAAUACCUUAUCAUUCCCGAUAAAUAUAUUUACGUUAGGAUGUUACAUGAAUUUUUAGCCUUUUAUGUGGGUCUGAUUACAAUAUGUGCCACUGGUUUGACAGCUUUAAUAUAUUGUGUACAUAUGUGUGUACUACUUGAAAUUGCAAGUUACCGAAUAAAAAAUGUUAUUCAGAUGAAUACGUUAGUAAUCCCUAGUCCGAAAAGAGAACAGGUUGUUCAUCAGAGGAUUGUAAAUGCGAUUAUUAUACAUCAAAGAGCUAUUGAGUAUCAUAAACUUUUUAUGUUUGUUUUUCUGAUACCCUUUGGUAUUCUGUGCACAGUUUGGAUGGGUAGUAUAAUUUUGGCUCUUUUUCUAUUCUCUCAACAAGUCACAUCAAAUAAUAUGGGUAUGGCGUUUGUAGCCUUUGGAUUACUACAAGUACUUUUAAUUUAUUCGAUGGUCGGUUCUUAUUGUGGACAAAGAAUAAUUGAUAAUGGAAUAAAUUUUUUCGAAGAUACUUAUAAUGGAUUAUGGUAUGCAGCACCGUUAUCUACGCAAAAAUUGUUAUUAUUUGUAAUGCAAAGAGGAAGAGCAUAUUUUUCGAUAACGUUUCACGGUGUAAUCGCUGCAUCCUUUGAUGGCUUAAUUACGCUCUUAAAAUUGGCAGUAUCGUACUUCAUGGUACUUAAUUCAGUGCAAAAGUAGUGAGUCACUCAGCGAAAUUAAUUUAAAAUUAAAUAAACUUUUUAUUAAUUUCAUAUUGUCAUAUAAAAGACAAUAUUAUAACAUUGCUAAUGAAAGUGAAAUGUGAUAAUCAAUGUACAGUUCCAAUUAUAAACAUGUUUUAAUAUUCAUUGAACAUAAACUUGAUCAAAUUAGUAUCACAUUUAUAGUUGUGCAACACAUACAUAGAACUUUUUUGAAUGUAUGAUACUAAUGGAGACUCAAAGUAAGAAGCUCUAAUUUCUUCCGCUUAUGUGUUUUUUUUUUCUAAAUAUUAUUUUGUUAUAGCCCCAAAAUGUAUAUGUAAAGACCAAAAAAAUGAAGCACUUAAACGUACUAAACCGUAAGUGACGUUUGAUCGUGAUUAUAUGACGAGCUUCGUCGAGAGAUUAACAACUUGUAGUAGCCUUUUUUUGCAAUCAAACCACAUUUUAGAGAAAAAAGGUAAAGAGUGAGAGCGCGCAUGUCGGUCAUGAUGGUUUUAUUUAGUUCAUAAAAAUCGAGUAAAGGGUGUUAAAAUUGUCGAAAUGGAUACUGAAGUGCUCAGCGUGGUACUCUUUCUCUCAUCUUGUACAUUUUGGAUAAUGCGAAUCGGUUCUGAUUUAGCCUUGUUGAAGAAUAAACAUUUCGUUUGCCAGCUAUGAAACGUGCGAAUCCAUGUACUGAAGUACAACAUUCAUUAAUUGUCGACGUUGAAUAAGUUGCGUUUGGCAAGUAUACAACAUAGUUCUCAGAGCGCGGAACGGAAGGAAGAAUGCUCAAUGAGAUAUGCGACGUACACAUUUUGCAACAAUUAUGCCAUGUCUAAUCAAACAAUGUAUGGCGUUAGCUAUAAUGCACAACAAAGAGAUGUAUACAUCGCAAAAUAAGUCAAUUUUUACCUUAUGCGUAUUCCUUUUUUAAUAGCGUUGAUAUGUACAUCUAUUGUACAGACGUCCAAAAAAAUUAUCACCAAGGUACCUGAAAAAAUUUGUUUUUUAAAGUGAACUUUGAAAGAAAUUUCUUAUUGUUAUUCUAAGAAUUUGUUAUCAGAUUAAAUCAAUUAUUUCAUAUAAUUAUGUUUUAUAUUUAUUGUGCUGAGUUGAUAUUCUAAUGCCAAAUGUUAAACAUAUUCAAUAAUUUGUUAAUUUUUAAAAAUUUCAAAGAAGAGUAGAAGCUAUUAAUAUGGAAUACUCUUUUUUAAAUUAACAUUACUUUAUUACAAAUGUUUGUUAAGAUUUUUAAUUUAUGCAGAAUUCUUAAGAAAUAUGUUAGCUACAAUGUCCAAUUAAAAUGUUUUUAAAAUUGAAAUCCAAUUUCAAUAGUAAUUAAAAAAUAAGCAAUGUGAAAAUAACAUUUCUUCUAAUGGAUGAAAUAUAAUAUAUAGUACGAGUCAAAUUUUAAGAACAGUAAUGAUAAAGUAAUAAAAUUUUAACUUAUAUAACCUGAUUAAAAGUUAAACAGAAUUUAAUAAAUUAUUACGGAAAUGUAUCAUAUAAAAGAUAAGACAAUAUUAUUACAUAUAGACAAUAAAAACGUAAAAAUUAAGAUUUUUCGUUAUAUUAGUACAAUAAACAUUCAUAACUAAAAUAAAUAUUAUUUAUAACAAGAAUAUAAAUGUUUAUAUCUUUAUAGUAAAUUAUUCUAAAUUGAAGUUUAUAUGAAAUGUAAUGUUUUCUUAUUUGAUACUAGACGAGAAAACCAUCCUAUGAUGUCUCUAAAGAAACUGAAACUUUUUCCCUUCCUAACGAAUAAAAAUUGUGACUGCCUUUGCGCAAGAAAAUUAUUUAAAUUAUGGACGUUAAGGAACAUUUUGUUGAAUUACGAAUUGAGAUAAUUUAGACAAAUUUGUUUUUGUCUAUCUCACGAAAUAUAUUACUUCAACGUAAAAUAGUGUAGCUAUUUUCUUAUGACUGCUAUUAUAUCGAUCGUUAAAAAUGAACACUAUUCAAAAAGAAAUAUUGUGACAAUUUGUAUUAUAAACGCAGUUGCAUCGCAGUCUUUGUUUGAAAUGUAUGCGAUUAUGGAACGAUAUUACAAAAUUAUUCCAAUAGUUCUUAAGAGUCUUGGGUUAUGGCCCUAUCAGCAAUCAUAUUUCACACAAGUACAUCAAAUUUUGUAUGCCAGUAUCCUUUUGUCAUUUAUUCUUGUUCAGGUAUGCCAAAAAAAUCUAAAUCUUUUUACAUUAUGAUGAAAUGGCCACAUUUCCUAAAUUCAUACAGUAAUGGAUAUCUUCAUCCUAUUUCUUUUUUUAUUUAGCAUUUAAUAUAUAAUUUGUUUAGUACUACUUUUGUAACAAGUCAUUUCUCAUUAUUUUGUAAAUUUUUUAAAUAUUUUAUUUUUGUAUUUUUUGAUGUACUAUAGUUAAUUUAUUGUGUUAAUUAUUUAUUAAGAAAUAAUUUGCUAUCAAUAUGUAUCUUAUUAUUUUUUCUAGUUGCUGGUAUUUAUUAAAAGACAAUGUAAUACGGAACUUGUUUUCAUGGUUCUGACGUUCGUCUCUCCUAAUCUUUUUGCUACAAUAAAGUAUUUUACUUUUAUCACUAAAGGAAACAGUGUAAGUCUAACACAAGUUAAAUAAACCAUUUAUUUGAACAUUUUAAAUAAUAUUUAUACAGUAAAGCGUAUUUUAAAACUAAACUUAUUAAAGAAAAAUGUUAAUAAGAAAUAAACAGUUGAAACAGCUUCUGGAGCAAAUUCAAAAUGAUUGUAAUUUGUUAAAGGAUAAAUUAGAAAUUAAUAUUCUUGAAAAAUAUAAUCGAAACGCGAGACUUGUUAUACUAAGUUUGCUAGGGAUUUCUUAUAUUAUUUUAUUUAUUUUUUCAACAUUACAAUAUUUGCCGUUUAUACUUCACAAAAUGUUACCAUUCAAUAAAUCACGAUCCCUUCAACUUGUUACUUCUACGGAAUACCUUAUCAUUCCCGAUAAAUAUAUUUACGUUAGGAUGUUACAUGAAUUUUUAACCUUUUUUGUGGGUCUGACUACAAUAUGUGCCACUGGUUUGACACUUUUAAUAUAUUGUGUACAUAUGUGUGUACUACUUGAAAUUGCAAGGUAAUAUAAAAUGCGGUUAUCUAGAAUUUGCAAGUAUAACUUACAUUGUUAAAUUUAUACAGUUACCGAAUAAAAAAUGUUAUUCAGAUGAAUACAUUAGUAAUUCCUAGUCCAAGAAGAGAUCAAAUUGUUCACCAGAGGAUUGUAAAUGCGAUUAUUAUACAUCAAAGAGCUAUUGAGUCAGUAUUUUUAUGUUUUUGUUAUAAAACCUCUAAAAAAACACAUUUAAAGUUACAUGUGGGUGUCAUUUAAUGUUAACAAUGAUUUUCGCUAUAACUUGCUGUUAAAUGCAAUCUAAAUUAUAAAUUGAUUGAAAUUUUAAAUCAAUCAAUACUCAUUGUCAAAGUUAAAUUGAGUUAAAUAAUAAUUAAUUUUAUCUUAAUUCUUUUAAAUAACAAUAUUUCUGUGCGAUAUUGUUAUCUAGUGAAUUAUGAAACUUAUUAAAUGAAAUUGAUUUAAAUAAAUAUUAAUAAUAAUAAUUAGAAUAUUUUUUUACGUUGAGCUCAAUUUUUGUAAAUUUUAAAAUUAUGUAAACACAUGUUUUAUUUAACUGUUAAUACAAUAUUUUCAUUGAUAAUGUAACUUCAUGUUAAAGCAUAUUAGAAUUUUUUAGUAAACUUUCAUCAUUUCGAAUAGAUCAAAAAAUUAAUAAAAAUCAUGUGUUUAACUUUUCUACAAAUGAUUAUACAGCAAUAUGUCUGAUAUUUUAAAAAUUGAAACUUCUACCUUUAAGUGCUAUUAAAUUUUUUUUGGACAAUAAUUCUUAUGUAUAUCACAUCACUUCUAAAUCAACCGCAAAAAUAUUUACGGAAAAUCAGCUUUGAAUUCAUAUUAUUUGUAAUGUAAAGAAAACGCUUCCAAUAUUCGUCACAUCUUUACUUUACCAAUGUCGCCAUAGAAUAUAGAAUUGACUACUGACGCUUCCGCGUCGUCGGGUUAACAAGAAAAAGGUUGUGGCCUUUUUCUUCAUCUGUUGAACAAUGCUUUAAAUAUAGAGCUGUGGACAUCUGCAUCUCCAGGACAACGUGCGUUAAUACGAACCGAUAUGUACAUAAAACAAUUGUCUUCUUAUUAAUAAAUAUCGAACUUGACAUAAGCAUUAACACAUACAUGACACGAAAAAAAUUUUGCAUCUAAGUUUGCAAUAAUGGUUUUAGAACUUGAUGUUUCCGGUUUAAAAUAUUUUUAUGAUUUCAUUGAUAAUUUUCUGUAAAUAUUUUGAAAAUGAUAUGAAAGUGAUGUUAUAUAUCACAAUAUACGCUAUCUAUUUAAAAAUCUUUAUCGCAAAAAAAGCUCAUAAGUGUUUGCAACUUAAACUUUAAGCUUUAAAAUGAUUUCACGAAUUGUUCUAUGUAAUCAUGUUUCGUAUACAUAUAUGAAAGUAAAUCUUAAUUAAUAAUAAAUAUUAAGAAAUGCAUAUAUUUUGAUUUCACUGAUUUUUGAUCGAUUCGAAGUGAUGUGUCAGUUUUGAUGCCAUGUAUUUCCAGCUUAAUAUUCAGCUUCUCAUUAAAGGUAUCAUAAACUUUU